AUGGUGGCGGUCAGGAUAGAAUGGCCGUUCCCAGUAACUAUCGCUUCCGUCUACAUUCCCAACGGCAAGAUCGACAACCUGCUAAACAAAUUGGCGAAGAUCCUCGAAAAGUUGCCGGCGCCAAUGUUGAUCCUCGGUGACGUCAACGGCUACCACUCCUCUUGGGGUAGCCGCUCUGACAACACGCGCGGAAACAUCAUCUUCAACGCAGCCACCGACGCAGUUCGGUCACGGACAGACUCCAACUCCACGUUCCGGGUCCAACUCGGGGCGUCUUCAUCAAGAACCGUUACAGAGGAAACCGGGGUCCCCCAAGGAUCCGUUAUCGCUGUCACCCUCUUUUUGGUGGCGAUGGAGGGAGUGUUCUCCAACCUCCCGAAGGAAAUCCACAUCCUUGUCUAUGCGGACGACAUCGUCCUUGUAGUCAUCGGCAAGCGGCUCAAAGCACUCAGGAGGAAGGCCCAAGCAGCAGUGCGGAAGGUGGCAGAAUGGGCCCAAGCAUCUGGCUACGAAAUGGCAAGCCAACAAGUUCGAGUCCAUGUUUGCGACACAAACCACCGACUACCCGACCAACCCAUCACAAUAAACGGCAGCACCAUCCCAGCAAAACACAGCGUGAAGCUGCUAGGAAUCACCGUAGACCGACACCUGAACUUCAAGAGGCAUUUUGAAGCCACCCACAACGCCUGCAAAUCGAGGGUAAAUAUGAUAAAACUAAUCUCUAGGAAGCGUACACGAAGCGACCGUGCCACCCGAAUCCGUGUCGCGGACGCGGUCAUCAACAGCCGGCUAACGUACGGAAUCGAGCUGACGUCUUGCAACUUCCCAGAGCUAGUCAGAAAUCUCGCGCCGGUCUACAACAGAUCCAUCCGAUCCAUCUCCGGGCUGCUACCCUCCACUCCUGCGGACAUAGCGUGCGCCGAAGCCGGUGUGCUACCGUUCCGCUACAAGGCUGCCUUGGCACUCUGCACCAGAACGGUUGGGUACCUGGAAAAAACAAAAACAGCGGACGGUACCUGCAGCCUCCUGGACAGAGCAAACGAGGACCUCCAACAGCAGUGCCAAUUAAAACUCCCCGCCGGACUCCACCGGCUCGGCGCAAGACCGUGGGACAGCACCAAAGCAAACAUCGACAUGUCCCUGAAGAAUACCCUGCGAACCGGACUCAGCUCGCACACCAUCCGAUACACGGACGGCUCAAAAGCUGCAGGAAAAGUAGGUAUCGGGAUCGAAACUGACGAAGGAAACUCGGCAUCCUACCGCCAGCCGAACUCCUGCUCGGUCUUCACCGCUGAAGUAGCCGCCAUCUUUCAAGCCAUCACCCUGCCAAGUCCAAAUCCAACAGUCAUCGUCACCGACUCGGCUAGCGCGCUCUCUGCGAUAGCUGCCGAAUCAAACCGUCAUCCCUUCGUACAAGCAGUACAGCAAGCACUAAACCCAAACUUCACCCUGAUGUGGGUCCCCGGCCACGCUGGCAUCCAGGGCAACGAAAAUGCCGACGUACUAGCGGCCACUGGACGGAGUAGCCCAUACAUCUGCCGCAGUAUCCCGCAGAUGACGCCAAACUAUGGAUCAAAAACCAAAUAG